AUCACUGAGCAGAUGUUAGAAGGCACCUGCCCUGCGGUAGCGUGUGCUAAAUAUGUCAACAUAACUGUUUUUAACUAAUGUAGUCUUACCGAGUUUUAUUCAUGCUCGGGUUAAAUGUGGCGUUUGUUGACAUUGUCAGUGCAAGGUUUUCAUUAGAAACAAGACGUCAGAUUAGUGUUUUUACUAGAGUUUCAGCGUUUUCAAGUCGCCUGGAGUGACCCCUCCUCUCCACUCUUCGUCGGUAACCACAGGCCGCUUCUGUGUGUCCUGUCAUCCCCACUAAAGCAACGAUGCCUCCCGGUGUGGUGACCGCGCCACGGAGCUCAACCGCCAGCUGCUUCUGCGCGUGCUGCGGGGUGCAGAUGAGACCUUAUUUCACCGAGAACUCCGUGAUAUCUCAGGGAGAAAUUUAUCAGCUCAUCAGCGAAAGUUUCCUGACAGUGAAAGGAGCGGCUCUCUUCCUACCUCGAGGAAAUGGCUCCUCCACAUCUUCUGCCUCUCGCUUCUCCCAGCUGCGCAGCAAACAUGCAGGAGACAUCCAGCAGCAUCUACAAACCAUGUUUACUCUCCUCAGACCAGAGGACAACAUCAAACUGGCGGUUCGUUUGGAGAGUGUCCACCCUCAGGUCACACGGUACAUGGUGGUGGUGUCAACCAAUGGACGUCAGGACACAGAGGAGAGCGUGGUGUUGGGAAUGGAUUUCAGUCCUAUAGAUAGCUCCUGUUCUAUAGGGCUGGUUUUACCCUUAUGGAGCGACACGUUGAUACACCUGGACGGAGAUGGGGGUUUUAGUGUGUCCACUGAUUACAGAGUACACAUCUUCAAGCCUGUCUCUGUACAGGCCAUGUGGUCAGCCUUGCAGUCACUUCAUAAAGCAUGUGAGGUAGCUCGUUGUCACAACUACUUCCCAGGCAGCUUGUUCCUCACCUGGGUCAGCUACUAUCAGAGCAGAGUCUCCUCCGACCAGGUACGCAUCAAUGAGUGGAACGCCAUGCAGGAUGUGCAGUCACACCGUGCCGAUUCGCCAGUGCUCUUCUCUGACAUACCCACAGAGAGAGAGCUGACUGAGCGGCAGAUCAAAUCCAGUUUGAGGGAGAUCAUGAUGCAGAAAGACCUCGAGAAUGUGACCUGCAAAGAGAUCCGAACAGAACUAGAAAUGAACAUGACAUGCAACUUGCGGGAGUUUAAGGAGUUCAUCGACAAUGAGAUGAUUGUCAUCCUGGGCCAGAUGGACAGCCCUACAGAGAUCUUUGAUCAUGUUUUCUUGGGAUCUGAGUGGAAUGCAUCCAAUUUGGAAGAGUUGCAGAAGAGCGGGGUUCAGUACAUCCUGAAUGUAACCAGGGAGAUUGAUAACUUCUUCCCUGGUGUGUUUGAGUACCACAACAUCCGUGUUUACGACGAGGAGGCCACAGACUUGCUGGCAUAUUGGAAUGACACAUACAAGUUUAUAUCUAGAGCCAAGAAAGCUGGAUCAAAGUGCCUGGUGCACUGCAAAAUGGGUAUAAGUCGCUCUGCUGCCACAGUGAUUGCGUACGCCAUGAAGGAAUAUGGCUGGGACUUGAAAAAAGCUUUUGAUUAUGUCAAGGAGCGUCGAACAGUGACCAAACCUAACCCCUCCUUUAUGCGACAGCUGGAGGAGUAUCAGGGCAUACUACUGGCCAGCAAGCAGAGGCACAACAAACUGUGGCGUUCUCACUCCGACAGUGAUCUAUCCGAGGCCCAUGAGCCACUGUCCAAAUCUUAUGCCCAACCGCACAGCCUGGGUCACUCUGACCCACAUAACCAGGCCAGCAGCACGCCCACUCCCUCUGUGAAAGAACUGCUGGAGUCACUAGGGACUCAAACUAGCACAGUCAAAGCAGCACACUCCACCAGCCAGCCUGAUACUGGGAUCCAGUGCAACCAGCUCAGCUCUUCUGCCCCUGCGGGGGUGGCGGCGCCAAGCCUUGAGGCCCCUUGUCACCCUGCUGUAGUUCAGAUCAGCAAGCUAGGAUCAUCGUGUCCUUGCUCGACAGCUGGAUCUGUGUCACCCUUAUCCCCCCCCCUCUCUAAUGGCUCAUGUGACUCUGAGGAGCAGCCAUCAUCGCCUCCUCUCUCUCAGCCAAAGGCUGCUACUGUAGUGCCCGAGCUUCAAAAGACAGAUAUGGUGACUGUUGCACAGAGUGUUUUAGUGGGCCAGCCUCACCCCCCUCCUUCCUUCCACCACCUCCCUCCCUCCCCCGCUCCGUCCCCAACUCCAGCUGUGGAUGCACAGAUGUUGUCCUGCUCACUGCCUGUGAUAAAACCCAUGCUAGUGUCAGUGCCUGAGCCCAUGGCAACACAAGCACCAAGCACACACCAGACAGGACCCCAGUGUCUGUCUGCUCCAGUGCCUGUCAAAAAAUCUGACUCUGACCAACAGAUGUGUACAGCAGCCCAUUCCCCCUCCACCUGUGAUUUUAUCAGCUACCCCAGUGCCAUUCCACAGGACAGUGAGAUGUUGUUCGGACACAGUGCUGACCACAUUAACUUUUUCAGUGCCAGGGAAAAGUUCAAAGGAAUGAGUCAAGAUGGUAAAAGUCACUGUGCUGCUGUACAGCAGACCCCACAGCUGAAGAAUUGUGGAAAGGAACAGCAAUCACUGCUUCAGGGUGUCUCCACUGGUGAGGGGAAAGAUGAAGGAAAAAAUAAGGAAAUGACGGCCCCUGUGCAGGCCACAGGAUUGAAGCCUGCUCUGAACACAGAGACCUCACCUCAAGGCCUUCUCAGCCAACCAGAGCCUCAGGGCCCCGAAGACCAGGAAGUGAGGAAGCUGAGGCAGGAAAUGGUGGACGGAGAUGUUGUAUUAAAGAAGGAAGCUGAGAAUGUUAAAGAGGAAGUAAGAAACAAAGAAGAGGAGGAGCCUGCUCGUCUCUACAGCGAUUGGUCGAGGGGGUCAGUGCGGCGUGUCACCAGACAGCUUGAGCAGAUAAUGAAACAGGAGCAUGAGAGUCCGUCACUCUCCUCCUCUCCACCAUCUCUCCCUGGCUGCUCUUCCAAACAUCCACUGAGCAUCCCUCUUCUAUCGAUGUCUACUACCCAGGAUGCAUCUGUUUGCCAGCAGGUCUCGGUAGAUAGUGUGCAGGAGGAGCAGAAGGAUGUGAUGGAUGGGCCAGGGAAAAGGGACGGUGGUGAUGUAGUUGAGUUGGGGGCUUUAGGAAAUAUUCACAGAAGCACUAAAGGACAAAAACAGCAGCCUGCUGAAACUAGAAAGUUCUCUACCUCUUCCUCUUUCCACCGCUCUGCCCACUCUCCCUUCGCCUCUGUGAACUUUCUGUGUUUGGAGGGCGUGACAGAGCUCGAGUCAGACACCGACUGGGAGUGCUCCUCAGAACCUCAGAGUGACAUCAUCAUGAGGGAGACGUGGGAGACGUUGUGCGAGCUGGGUGCCUUCCUGCAGCAGGUGAGCAUGGGAGGAGUCUGCCACGUGGACCAAGUUUUUGGCCUCAGUACUGCAUCAAAUCAGAAGCGAGGUGGAGGCAGAGUCCAGAAGAGGGUCAGAGAGGUUGAAGCUAGGAUUCGUCAGGCUGGACUGACCCCUCCAUCUCUGAUGAAGCGCUCUGCCUCUUUGGCUAAACUGGGCUGUUUGGAGCUGCUCGCCAACGACCUGAGUGAGCUCAGCCGCUCCUCUGCAGCUCUGUCCACAACAGAACCUCCAACGCACACCGUCAGUGAUGAGUCCAAGAAACAGCGGGUCCACAAUUCUCCCUCCUUAGCCCACCAGCAGUCAGAAGUCCUGGUUAUUGGUCCAGAGAUGCUUGUAAAGGUUCAGGAAACCUCUCCACCUGCACAACCUCCACCAUCACAUCCACAGGGGCUCCCUAACUCUGGCCAAGACUGUCUGCAUUCACCCACACUAUCAUUAAUGGCAUCAAGGCAGCAGUAUGGAAGGACUCACCCUCUGAGGAGGCUUAAGAAAAGAACUGUUAGCACCCUUUACCACACCAUGUAACCCUCACUGUGUGAAUGUCUGAGAGAGAGAGAGAGAGAUUGUGCGCACUUGUGAGAAACAGAAAUCAAAUGCAUAUGUUGGAUUUAUUCAGCGCAACAAACCAAUGCCUCUUGCCUUAAAGGAUUUGUUAAGUUGUUUCUAUGUCUAUUUCCCUCCUGCAGAUCUGUGAUAUGAUACAAGUCUCAGUGAAUGAACAGUGAUGAGGCUAUGAUGGUUUAGUUCAGUAAAAUGAACAUUUUCAGAAAGCAGCAAAAGCAAUCAUUCCAAUGAGAACAGGUAACCUGUUUUAGAUGCUGACAGCCUGAGCCUGCACAUAUUCACUCCUUGAAACAUGGCUGGUUUCUCCAUUAUCAACUUGAUAUAAAUUUACUUGAUCUCUGUUGGUUGGUUGAAUUUUCCGACCUGAUCUUAGGUGGAAUGUAGCCUGUUGUCCUCUUUUUUUCUUUUCAUGUCUCAUCAUCAGAACCUUGUUGUGCUGGAGAGCUUACAAGAAAAUGGUAGAGCUUUUCUUCUGGUACAAUCUGAGCAGACAACUCAAAAUGUACAUGCAAGAUUAAGCUGGAUUCUUUUAGUAGAAAAGCAUCAUCUUGGACUGGUUAUAUUCAUUGGUUGUGCUAGCACAAGUCAAACUAAACACAAGAGAGGUAAGUUAAAGCAGAGCCACUCCCUGUAUCCAUAGGGAGGGAUGCUGAUAGGAAUACUAGUUGCAUAGCUGUACAGAAGUCCAUUAAAAACAGAGAGAAGAGGCCUGCUGUGUUUUUGCAAUGUUUGUUUUGACUACACAAUACCUCAGUAUGUCUGAACCAAAUCUGACCUGCACAAAAGUCAAACUCUGGAUUCCUGGAAUGUCAGUCAGAAACAAUUUCAGUGUCACUGUCGUCAACUGAAGUGAUUCAUCAUCUCUCCUCUCCAUCCUCUCAGUUCUUAUGCCACUCAAACUGGACAUUGUCUGUAUGUCUUUCUGUGUGGGGUUCGGGCAUUGGGAGUGUAUAUUUGUGAGUGUUCUGCUUUUUCUUUGAGAUGUAAAGGUCUAUGUUGUGAGUGUUGAAAUUUUAAGAGCUGUACAUGUUUUAUAUCUGGUUUAUGUCUGUGUGUGAGUGAGUAACAACUUUUCAAUGUGGGUGUACACUUUUUUUUUUACAUUUAUUUUAAUUAUCUCUUUUUGUACACAUUUUUAAGGAGUGUGCCUGUGACUGGCAAGUAGAGCUUCUCUGCAGUCUAUCAGAAAUGUCUGUACAGGGAGGUCUGUCAUACAUGCACUUUACUCCCUUUUUCUUUUUAAUGUGGCUUUUGUAUGUGUGGUUGCUACUUUGGGGAGCAUGCGUAGGUUGUAGCAGCUAUUGGGUAUGCGUGUGUGUGUGUGUUGUCAAAGCCUGAUUUCUAUUUUGUUUUAUUUUAAAAAUCAGUGUAAAUAGUCUUUUUUUAUCAUGUGCUUCAACUGUGACCAUUAAACAAUGGCAAUUA